AUGGCUUUCUUUUGCUGUAUGGCGAGAGUGUCCUCUCUUGCCGGAAAGAAGAUCACCCAAAAUGGACUGGGUUUGAUGCGCCUCACAUGGGUCAAUAACCCUGUUCCCGAUGAACAAGCCUUCAAGGUCCUCAAGGCUGCUCUAUCGGCCGGCGCAACCGUGUGGAAUGCGGCGGACUUCUACGGGACGCCGGACAACAACUCGCUUCACCUCAUGAACCGCUACUUCACCGCGUACCCGGAAGACGCCGACAGGGUUGUUCUCGCCAUCAAGAGUGGUUUGGCGAGCAGAAGCCCCUUCACCCUGGACGGAUCCGCUUCCGGGAUUCGGAAGUUCACGGAGGAUGCAUUGACCGUGCUGGACGGAAAGAAAACGAUUGACAUCUUCGGGCUGGCGCGAGUUGACCCCGACGUACCCAUCGAGGAGAGCCUGAAGGCGCUCGCGGAGCUGCGCGAUGAAGGGAAGAUUGAUGGCAUCCACCUGACGGAGGUGAAGGCGGAGAUGAUCCGAAGGGCUGCGAGUGUCACGAAGAUCGACAUGGUGGAAGCAGAAGUUAGUCUCUGGGCGCGGGAUGUCUUCCACAACGGCGUUGCCGAGACAUGUGCGGAGCUGGGUAUUGUGCUUGUUGCGCACAGUCCCCUCGGAGCCGGGAUGUUGACUGGGGGGACCAUGAGCUUGAAUGAUCUUGGAGCCGAUAAUCCGACUUCGCACUUUCCACGGUUCCAGCCCGAGAACUUUUCCCGCAACGUGAAGUUAGUGGAGGCGCUGGAGGACUUUGCUACAGCCAAGGGAUGCACUACAGCUCAGCUGGCACUAUCAUGGGUCAAGGCCCAGAGCAAACGACUAGGAAUGCCCUUUGUGGUUCCUAUUGCGGGGGCACGGUCAGAAGCACGGGUGUUGGAGAACACGAUCGAUCCAGGCUUGACGGAAGAUGAGUUGAAGAGCAUAGAUGCCAUCCUUGACAGCUUCCCGGUUGCAGGCGAAAGAUUCCCUGCCGCUGCUGCGCGAUUCAAUGAGUACUAG